AUGUCUUCUUCAAGAUUUUGGACCAAAUCUCCCCUCAGCGACGAAGAGAUAAAUCAACGAAGGGAGAGAGAACGUCGACCCCGUCGGAGAUCCAGGGAAGAACGACAUGGACGAGACGUCCCUGCUGAGAAAGAACGUGAAGCCGAAUAUCGAGACUACGACGAAUGGGUGGAGGUGAACAUACCAGAACCUGGAACACGCCAUCGAGCUGCUUCACCAGUUUCUCCACCAGCCUCUGGCAAUUCUGAGUUCUUCCAAGGUGCAGAUCGUUCGAAGAGCACCAAGCAAAAAAAGCAGCAACAGAAAGCCGAGGCCAAGGAACGACGCCAGAAAGCUCGCCAAGAAGCCGAAGACGCCGCCCGAAAAGAAAAGAAAAGUCUCGACGACAUGGAUAAGUGGGAAUACGUUAUUUUGUGGGGUAACAAAGAUCGUAAAGCUCACGGACAAGCAUUCGACGAUUUUGCCUCAUCAGCGAACGAAUUCAUCAGAGACAACACGAAGGGAUUUCCUCGACUCAAGAAACACGGUUGUGAGCGACAAAACUGUGUCAAGGGGAACAUCCUCGGGGUUUGCCAUCAUGAAGUCGAGUUGACACUCAGAGGGAGUGGUUGCUUUGAUGAGAAGAUGAUCAAGAAGGAACGAUUGAGGUGGCAUCCAGAUCGUUGGACUGGAAAAGGUGAGUUGCAGGAGAAGAGCAAUGAACUUUUCCAACUCAUUCAGAGAAUCAUUGAUGGUGAUUUGAAUGCAUGA